UCUAAACUUGUCGAGCAAGUCUAACAUCUUUGUAGUUCCACUUCCUUCUACAAAUGCCGUUACAGCAAGGAAUCACAUAAAUGGUAAACCAUACACAUUAUCGAAAUCUUCAAAAAUAUUACGGCCGCACAGUACUGCGACGGGCAGCACAUAGCGUUGAUUACUGCGGAUGUUAAGCAUGCUGAGUCAUCACAACCCGUUGACCGUUCGUCUGGCGCUGGCCCUCCUAGCCGCCACCUUGGGAACAUGGUUCACCGCCGGUCUCGUCGUAUUCGCUGUAAAUGUCCCGCAGUACAUUAUACAAGACUGGGUGCGUUCAGUGAAAUGCCAGCGCCUGGGUGGGGCGUUCUUGUCCAACUAUACCAACACCACCGGGUCCGACGAGACCGUGGCAUUAUGGUGUGGCUUCAUCCCUCCUGAAGAUCUUUCCCAGACGCUCAGGCAGAAUACAGAAUUAAGCACCAUCUGGGCGCUGUGUUCCAGUAUGGUGUGCGUCGGCGCCAUGAUCGGCUCCUUGGUCACGGGGCCGGUGAUUCGGCUGCUGGGUGUGAAAAGGUCACUUAUCUGCGGCAGCAUCAUACUGACUUUGGGGUGCGUUAUGUGUUCACUCUCGCCUCUGGCGUCAUCCUGGGAGGUAUUCCUCACCGGACGAAUCAUCGUGGGCAUCGGGUUGGGGGUCUCGACGGUCGUGGGACCGGUGUACACUGGUGAAAUUGCCCCAGUGAGUCUGCGCGGCGCAGCGGGAACCCUGCCCACGGUGAUGUCCAUUCUCGGAUUGCUGACCAUCACCUCCAUCAGCUUCCCGUCGGCGCUGGGUACGGAAGCCGGCUGGCCGUGGUUAAUCAGUAUCGCGGUAAUUCCCGCGGUGAUUUCCUGCAUCGCGCUACCGUUCUGUCCGGAGAGCCCGAGGUUUCUGUACAUGGAGCGCAAUGACAAGCAGCACGCCACGGAAGCUUUAGUAUGGUUCCGGCAAACCAGUCAGGUGAAGGAAGAAAUAGAGGAGCUGCACAUGGAGAUCGAUCACAUGCACGGUGUACAUGAGGUGUCCAUGUUACGCCUUUUUACCGAUCCCUACCUGCGAAAGAUCACCAUCCUCACAGCGAUCCCAAUGCUGGUCCAUCAGCUUUGCGGCUGCUACAGUAUUACGUUCUAUUCUACAGCGAUUUUUGAGAGCGUUGGUCUUCACCGUCUGAACGCGGUUUACGCGACAUUGGGCGUAUGGUGUUGCUACCUUGUGGCCGCACUUAUCUCCAUGUUCCUAAUUGAUCGUGCAGGACGCCGGACGCUGAUGCUUAUCAGCCAAGGCGGUAUGAUUGUGGCUUUGUCCCUUUUUGUUAUUUUUGUUUCCGUCGGGGAGACCGGUGUCUACGGUAUGCAGUACGGCAGUGCCGUGUGUAUCCCCUUAUUCAUUGCGUUUUUCGCCGUGGGCAUGGACCCCAUUCCGUGGAUCCUCCCGGGCGACCUUUUUCCUCAGGAAGCGCACAGUGCAGCCGCUCGGUUUUCCUCGCUUUUGUCGUGGGGAUCAGCGAUGCUGGUGACCUUUUUGUUUCCCAUCAUAGAAGUCGCUGCCAAACAGUAUACGUUCCUGAUUUUCAUUGGUUUUCUUGUUUUGGGUACGGUCCAUGUUGCCUGGAAGCUACCGGAAACCAAAGGAAAAACCAUUGAUGAAAUUCAGAUGAUUUUACGGGGAAGCAGGGUCGUUAAAGAGACGAAGGAAAACAGCAAUCCGCUGCCGCUUAAUGCGUGAUAUGUUUGCGUGACAGUUUAGAGUUUCUGGUUUAUUGUUAUCUACAUCCGUAAUUUCGUAUUCAUGAUUGAUGGUCAAUGCAUGGUGAGAGCGAUGAUCGAGCGAACGCCUGUGCAGAUUCUAACGCGCUAAAGUGCGUAAGAAUCGACACAACGAUGCGGGCGGUCAUACGGCAUUGCAGACUCCAUACCCCAUAGUGGGGAAAAAGAGAAAAAAAGUUUUUGCCAUGAACCUCCAUAGAAGGACGUGGAUUAGUGCUUUAUACGGUCAGAACGACAGAGGCAGACCGCGACACUUCAGCAUCGCUUCGCUGGAAAAUCGGGAAAAAUGCGACCAAAUCAAUGGCGUCAAGCCGGUGACCGGCGUGAUCUGCAAUCUUCCAUCCUAGAUUUCUUUGCUUUUCUUGUAAUACAAACAUACACUGCUCCGCAGCAUCUUUUUGAGGAACUUCCGGUGUUUCAAACAGUUACAACUAACUACCUGUUGUGACAGCAUAAUGCAGCUUAAUAUCUUGAAAGUUUUUGGAAACUCCAGUUCUUUUCUGUUUGAGUUUUUGCUAUUGACAUUGACUUUUUCUGUAAGCCUUCUAUUGCAAAAUUUAGAACAAAUCAUGAUCUAAUGUUUCAAGGUACAAU